CGUUGCCCACAUCUGUCGUCGAUUCUUUGGGUUUGGGACGAUACCCAAAAAUCCUCUUUUUAUCACACCUACUUCCUCUUAUCGUAACUUCGAAUCGCGAAUCAAAAAUAUCUGCUUCAUACAAGUUUCUCUUCUAAAGGAAUUCAGUAAUUCAGCAUCAUAGUCGCUAACGAUUCCUUCAAAUGCUGUACAGCGUUAAUGGCCUUAGAAGAAACACCAUUUGAUUCUUCAGGAAACGUGUCACUAAACAAGAACUCAAAACCAGUUUCUGAAAACUCAACAGGAUUUUGCGAAUGCAAUAUAUGUUUAGAUUCUGCAAGAGACCCUGUGGUUACCCUAUGUGGCCACCUCUACUGUUGGCCUUGCAUUUACAAAUGGCUCCAUGUCCAAGCAACAUCCACUCUUGAAUCCGAUAAACAACCCAAAUGCCCUGUUUGUAAAGCUCACAUCUCCAACUCAUCUUUAGUUCCACUCUACGGACGUGGCAAUUCCAAUCCCAAUCCCAAUUCCAAUUCCGAUUCACCAUCAUCGGAAUUGGAAUCGAAAAGCGAACACCAAUCGGAGUUAGUCAUACCUAGUAGACCAUCAGCACCUGGCGGGGCGAUUUUGCAUCUGAAUCAGCAAAUCAAUCCCCAUCCGGUGCCUUUUCAGUCACAGUCACAGUUUCAGCCUCAGCAGCAUAUUGUGAAUCACUCACACCCGUUUGGAGGGUAUACGUUUGGGCCAUCUAAUUUUAAUGGGCCAAUGACACCCACUACCGGCUUUUCAAACCCGUUUGUGGGAAUGGUUGGGGAGAUGGUUUGUGCAAUGAUAUUCCGGAGUUCUGAUUCCGGGUUUUUGGCGGCUUAUCCAUAUGGGUCGUACCAGAAUCCGUAUCCGGCUUCGGGUACCACGAGUCCACGGGUUAGAAGGCAAGUAAUGCAGGUGGAGAAAUCGUUGAACCGAUUAACCAUCUUUUUCUUUUGUUGUUUCAUGUUGUGUCUUUUCUUGUUUUGAGUUUUUUCAUCCUACGUGUGUGUUUGUGUGUAUAGGUUGCAUUUAGUGGGUUUAUGAAGAAUAUAUUUAUAUAUUUUUGUCGAUAUACAGAAUUUACACUAUAUUGUAAUCAUUGUUAUUUGAUGCCAUACAUUGAUACAAGCCUUUUCCAGUUUGUGAACA